GGCUGGCUGGCGGGGAGCCGUCAGUCCAGCUGCCGCGGGGCCCGGCGGGCGCGGCGCUGCCUCCUCCCGGGCACGAUCGUGGAGGAGGCGGCCUGCGGGCCAGAGGCGAGCGUGGCCGGAGCGCGCGGUCUGACCUCCCAGCAACAUGGCAACCAGCGCCGUCCCCAGUGACAACCUCCCCACGUACAAGCUGGUGGUGGUGGGSGACGGGGGCGUGGGCAAGAGUGCCCUCACCAUCCAGUUUUUCCAGAAGAUCUUUGUGCCUGACUACGAYCCCACCAUUGAAGACUCCUACCUGAAACAUACAGAGAUUGACAAUCAAUGGGCCAUCUUGGACGUUCUGGACACAGCCGGGCAGGAGGAGUUCAGUGCCAUGCGGGAGCAGUACAUGCGCACCGGGGACGGCUUCCUCAUCGUCUACUCCGUCACCGACAAGGCCAGCUUCGAGCACGUGGACCGCUUCCACCAGCUCAUCCUGCGUGUCAAGGACAGGGAGUCAUUUCCCAUGAUCCUCGUGGCCAACAAGGUCGAUUUGAUGCAUCUGAGAAAAAUCACCAGGGAGCAAGGAAAAGAAAUGGCCAACAAACACAAUAUUGCUUAUGAGGAGAGAGAAAGAGGAGACGGUUCCGGUUCCAAGGUUUGGGCAUGAACAAUUAGAGGAGACUGGAACUCCAGUAAGUGAGCCAGGAGGGACAGUCGGAGUCAGUAGGGGAAAGGCGGGAGCAUGGGUUUCAAUGUCUUCAUUUGAGGAGCUUCACAGAUGACCAAGGGGAGAGGCCAGGAAGGCAGKCAGAGCCCCCAUCUGAAGACAGAAUUCAAAACCACAAUACCUAAGGGGGUAAGUGUAGAUGGGGAAGGGGUCCUGGGGCUGAGGCUGGGGACCCUUCCUGUUGUGGGUCUGGGGAGAUAAAGAGGGAUCAGUGAGAAAGACCGAACAGUCAGUGAUAUGAGGACCAGAGUGGGGAAUUUGGAAGCCAAGUAAAGAUGGUGCCUCCUCCAGGUACCAGGAGUGGUCAGCCAGGCCAGGAGCUGCUCAGAAGCUUCCAGAGGAGCCUGGGAACUGACCAUCAUGGUCAGUAUUAGACACAGGCCUGGGAGAGCACGGGAGGGCCUGGCAUGCUGAACAGAGGUGGCCUGAGGAGCGAUUGCAUUUCACAGUCUUGACCUCCAAACAAUGACCAGUUCCGUAGGUCUAAGGAAGGUUUGCUGGGGGCUUCCACAAACGCUGUCUGAUUUUCCCUCCCAGCAGCUCUGGGUAGUGUGGAGGCUCACAGGUGCUGCUUAGGCAUCCAUAGCUGACUUUUGCAAAUAGAAGGGAAGGAGACCCAGGAGCACCAGGUCUCUCCUCUCAGCCUGAUGCUGUUCCCCAGGGCAAACACUGCUGCCUCAUUUGUGUUUGACCAGAGGACUCUACCAGUCAUUCUCAAUGACAUCCCAACUUUAUAGCUCCUGAGACGAGUUCCUCUCUAGGUGACUGAGACAGGGUGCUCCCACCCAAACUCCCCACUCUGGUCCUCAUAUCACUAACUGCUCAGUCUUUCUUGAUGAUCCCUCUUUAUGUCCCCAGAUGCACAACAGGAAGGAUCCCCACCCAAUGCAAGAAGAUAGUAUUUUCUGCAUGGAGUUCAAUGGUACUACCAAUUAUUGCAAGGUUUCCCUUAGUUUAAGUCCAGUUGCUACUGAAAUCCCUGAAUUCUAAGAACCCAAUGGAUGCAUGUCAGACUUUCUUCAGUGGUAGAGGCAGAGCCCCCAGAAAGAAGGUGGAGUGUGCCCAGGGACCUGAGGGAUAGUGCAAGUCAUGUAUUUCUGAGCCCAGGGAUUAGGACUGCGGGUAGCCAAAACUCCUGGAAGCUGGGGGCUUACUGAGCUGUCAGUGUACAGGAUGUGAAAGGACUCCAGCCAGGUCCUAGAUCUCAGAGCAGGUGCCUUCCGGCUUCCCUUCUGGGCAUGCUCAGAGUGGCCAUUGGCCUCACCCACAAAGACCUCAGAGYUCCACCAGGUGCUUCACAGAAGCACCUACCACACUUGGACAUGAUGUCAAAACCGGAGGCGGCUCCAAAAYGGACCUCGGCACCCCCACCAGUGCAUGGGAGGCCAGGUGGGGAAGUGGCAUGUGUACCUGGUUUGACUCUCUGCUGGUCACAGUAGAUCUUACUCAGGCACGUGACCCUCAGCCGUCUCCUGCUGCAGAAUGAGAUCCUGCCUGCCUCUGCUGGUUAAUAUGGGUAUUCAAUGAGGUCAGGGAUGCGGGGACCUGGGAAACCAAAYAGCUCACAGAGGACAGCAUUUUUCUUUCAGUAAAAUCAGAUGCUCAAAUAUUUGUCAAAUGAAGAUUUCAAAGGCCUGAGCUCUGCCCUUUUGUGUGCCCUGCCCUUUGUGUGUC